AUGCGCAGGUAUCGGCUGCCGUACUGGGCAUUCGUGCCGACGUUAGGCGUUUGGCCCGGAGCCGCCGGGACCGGAACCGAAACUGGACCAGCAGCAACCGCCGCCGUCCCACCACCACCGCCCAGAGGAUCCGUGGCCGUGAACUUGGACAACGGCCGAGUGACCGUGAUAGACGAUGUGACUAACCAACCGGAAGUCAGGGACGCGGUCGCCGACCCACAACAGAAACGGCGGCAAGCGCUGGUCAAGCCGCUGCACCCGAACACGCCGAGUGUCGGAGGACCGAGUUGGCUGAGGAAGACAACAGUGGCGUCGUCGUCGGAUCCCGUCGUAAAGACAGCGCAGGUGAAAAACUCUACGGCCGUCGCCACUGCGAGUCCGAUCACCAAGAUAUAUCUGAAACCGUCAGCCAAGGCAAAAGCUGGCAUCGGUGGCGUGGCCCUGUCCAACCCGAUCAGCACGGCCGUGGUUCGAAGGGGUGAUACGGUCAGCAUUGAAUAUCUUCCAGACGCUACUGCGGAAGCGGGCGAAGGAGGUGUUGCUAUAUCUCGACCGGAACUGGUCAUUCAUUUUAUUGACUGAUACAAUAUGUGUCCGCUAAAAAUUGAUGAUGCCGCCAUAAUACCAUUAGGUCUAUAAAUUGUGCCAUACACACGUGUUUUGAUAUAUGUUAUAAUAUAUUUAUAUAUACGUACUUACUACUUACUAUACCUACUUAAUAUUAUACAAUAUAAAAUGUAUAAUAAUUUUAUAUUUUAAUAUUAGGUACUAUAUGUCUUUAAGUUUGUAUAAAUCUGAUUGUUUCAAACAUUUUAAUGUUUUUAUUAGUGACUUCAAUUUGAUACCCUAGAAUAUUUUUGUAAUGAUGAUCUAGUUUCUUAAGUUUUUGUAUCGGUGAAAUUUUGUUUUGACGUGUUUUUAAGUCAAAUUCCAUAUACCUAAUAUGCUGAAAAAUGCUCUUUAGCCAUUAAGAAACCGUGCAUAACUCUGUAUGUCCAAAUUCUUAAUUUAUAUUUAAUAUUGACUUGUCUUUUCUAUUUUUAACAUGAGUGGGCCACUUGUCUGUUGUACUUUUUAUUUCACUUAGUUUUUUGAUUAAAUAUUAUAUAGUAUUCAAUAAUUAUAUGCAUAAAUCAAGCAAUAUGUCUUUAUAUUUUCGUUUUUUUUUUU